UUCCCCUUCUUCCCCAUUUUUCAUUAUUCGAGCCUCUCAAUCUUUCUAAUCUCUCUCUCCCAAAACCAAGAUGUUGGGAAAGAUGGGCUCGGUCAAGAAACUAGCCAAGAAAGUUAAAGUGAAAGUUAUUAGUGGCACCGAACCAUCGCAUCAUGAGCACUUGCUUAAAGACCAAGAAGAAGCGUGUUCAACCCCAACCGGCUUUCUUGCACUUUACAUAGGCGAAGAGAGGCGUCGUUUCGUGGUUCCAACAGGCUACUUGUCACACCCUUUGUUUAAGAUGUUGUUGGACAAGGCCUCAGACGAGUUUGGGUUCGAGCAGAAGCAUGGCCUUGUGGUUCCAUGUAGUGUCACCGCGUUCCAAGAGGUGUUAAGUGUGGUCGAAUGCUGCAAUGGCAAAUUCGAUAUUAGUCAUUUAGUUGAUGAGAUUAUUUAGCGUAAACAAGUGUGUUAAAAAGAGAGAAGUUGUGUUUCUAGCAACUCCCUUUUUAGGUUUUGAAGAUUUCUCAUCAAUAUGAUCUUUUUGGUAUAAAAACUUCUCUUUGAUAGAAUUUUAACUUUUUUUUAAUUAUUUUAAA